AUGGAUAAGGAAGAAUUUAACAAAAUUCUGAUUGAUGAAUUAAAAUUACUUUUCUUAAAAACAAGAAGCCCUUCAUACGAUUUCUUAGAAAUAUUAUUAAAAUCAAUAAAUCCUGCAAUGAACUAUAGUCAAAUUGAAGAAUACAUCAAAAUUUGCAAGGGAAAAUUUUCAGAUUUUAGGUAUAAUUACAAAAAAGAAAUUUUAAAUAAAGCGCGAAAUCUUGAGGGUUAUUUUAGAAAUAUUAAGUUAGAAGAAUUCGAAAGUUUGUUAAAUGAUAUUAUUACUGAAAAUGAUUGCAGACAGAUUCUUGCUUCACAUCUUUCUUGUGUAUAUAAAGAAUCUUUUGAGGGUAAUGAAGUAUCUUUAAAUGAGCUUACUAAUUUUGUUACAAAAAAAAAAAAAAUGCCACCCAAAAAAUCUAAUCAAAAAAUACUACCUAACGCACAAAACACGUCAAAAGAAUGUGAAAGUAACUCGAAAAGAACUUCAAAUGUCGAAGACGAGGAAACUGUUAAAAAAAGAGGUUCAAAAAAACCACGACCUAAUGCUGCUGAAAAUAGUACCGUAAAAAUUACAGUUCCCGAAGAUCUUGACUAUAGUGUGAGCGAAGAAAGUGAUGUUGGUUUAGAGGAGGAUAAACUUAUUCCACUUAACCCGGAUAACAUUAUUAAUCUGGAAGAAAAAAGUGAGAUUAAAAAAAACAAUAUUAAUUUAGAAUCAUAUAGCGAAUUCCAAAUCGCAAAUUUCGUUGCAGAUCAUCUGUCAAUUUUAAAAUUAGCAAACGUACUUCGUGAUUCAAAAGAAACGCCAGCAGGGAAUUCAGUAAAUGAGUCAUUAAAUAUUCAAAAUGAGAAGAAAACCAUGGACAAAAAUAAAAAGCUUUUUAUUCAAGAAUUGAAGCUGUUGUUCCUUAGAUCAACUUUGACUGAAAUGGCUCGCACUUUUAUUGAUAGUGGUGAAAAGGUAGAAGAUUUUAUUGGAGAUUCGUGGAGAAAUAUUUUGGGCUUGCAUCUUAAAGCCAUUAAUAAAACGAAGUUCGAAGCAAUGAAGGAAGAUCAUAAAAGGCUCCGCAAUUUUGUGCUGGAAUCGUUUAAAGCUGUAGUAGAUUAUGAACAAAAAAAAUCCACAAUAAGUCCUAAAAACGUUAUAAAAGAUACUUUAAACCAUAUUACGAUCAAUAUAAAAGUUCCUUCAUCUUCGGGUCAUGAUAUUGUAAACAAUUUAAAUAUCGAAGAUUUAAUUAAGUAG